GCAGUCUCAGAACAUGGUCUAGGCUUGGAACGACACUUAACAGAGGAGUAAAACCUUCACCGGUCGGACUCGAAGACAGGAACUGAGGGUCGAGUCUGUGGCACGGCAGCUACCAUGGUGGGUGAGCGGCGUAGUGGAAACCUGCUGGUCCAGCUAGGCCCCAAGCUGCAGGCCUACCCUGAGGAGCUGAUUCGCCAGCGCCGCACCCAUGAUGGCCAGACUGAGUAUCUGAUUCGCUGGUCCUUAGUUGCCGUUGAUGACACUGGUAGCUCUGGAGGCGGGUCCAAUGAGACGGGCAAUGGAGGGGGAGGGAGCCCUGGGGUGAGCAGUGCGGGUAGUUCCACCCUGGGGGAGAGCAAGACGGAGAAUAUUCUGAUGUGGAUGUCCACAGAGGAUGUUUAUGCUAACUGCCCCACCCUGCUGGGCAAGAGGAAAACAGACACACAGCGCCCCCUGCAGCAGAGCCAACAGCAGGCACAGGCGGAGGCUGGGAGCGGUCAGGGGAGCAGUGCGGAGUUCCCAGCAGAUGUCACCUUUGAUGAGGUGGAGCUGUCGGAUAUGAAGGAGGAUGUGAAGAACUUGGUGUGCCGUGCACGCAGACAAAUGGCCAAGAGAAGCGACUUAUCCAUCAGCAUCACACACAUCAUCCAUGUGCUCAGUGCCUAUGCCAGCAUUGGCUCCUUGGUGGGCGAGUUCAAAGAGAGUGGGGCGUUGGACCUCCUCAUGGAGCUUCUCUGUAACAAGGAGCGUCAGACACGCCGUAGUGCUGGGAAGAUGCUCCGUGCCCUGGCCUCACAUGACGCAGGAAGUCGUGCGUAUGUGCUGCUGUCUCUCAGUCAGCAGGAUGGCAUUGAGCAGCAUAUGGACUUUGAUAACCGCUACACUCUGCUGGAACUGUUUGCAGAGACCACCUCCUCUGAGGAGCAUGGCAUCUCCUUUGAAGGGAUUCACUUGCCUCAGAUCCCAGGCAAGCUGCUGUUCUCUCUGGUCAAACGUUACUUGUGUGUGACGUCUCUGAUGGACCACCUCAACACAGCAGGGGUGGAGUCUAGCUAUGAGCGACAAGACUGCGGCCCUUCCUCCUUGUCUUCCAUAUCUUCCUUAGGCAGCAACCACCAGGUGGAGCGAGUGCGAGUCCAGCGAGAGUUUGAUUUCACUAUGGCAAUGGCCAACCUGAUCUCGGAGCUGGUCCGGGUCAUGGGCUGGGACCGGAACCGCCAGCCACCUGAUGGCUCUCUGGGGCUUUCCCGGGGAAGAGAGGGAGGAGGGUUGAAUGAGGAGGAAGAGGGGGAGGAAGCACCCCGGCCUAUCCUUCGUUCAAUCUUCCAGCCUCGUUUCUCUGCCUCCCCCAUUGCUCUGUCUUCUGGUGCUCUCAUAACCCCACCCACCAUUGCCCCGCCCAAGAAGAAGACUGGAAACGGGUUUAAGACUCGCACAGACUUUGCCAGCCGCUCAGCUUACGUGGAAUAUGUCCAGGACAACCUGAAGAGUGGCAUGCUGGUUGGCAUGUUGGAGGAUUAUGAGGAAGUCAGUGCUGGGGACGAAGGUGACUUUCGCUACAGCAAUGAUGGUUCUCCCCCUGUCCAGGUAUACUGGAACUCUCUUUCUAGAACCUACUGGGUCCACUGGCACAUGGUGGAGAUCUUGGGGAAUGGGUCCAACACCCAGGCUGAGAAGGAGACCCAGGAAAAGGUUUCCUCCCUGACAGAGACACUCAAACUCACAGCUGUCAAUCAGACGUUCUUUUCCAAACCACCGGGGGGUCUUUACUCCCUGCCCUACCUGUCACAGGGCCAGCAGGCCGAGGGCCUCUGUCUGAGCCGGGCUGAAUGGUGGGAGCUCCUCUUCUUUGUAAAGAAACUGGAGCCCAAACAGCAGCAGGAGGUCACCAGCAUCCUGCAGCAGAGCCUCAAAGACCAGGAGGCAGAUCUAGAAGAAUCGACUCUGAUCAGCCUGUCUGUGCCAGGGGAGGCGGCUAAGAAGGUUCUCCACUACCUGAAACAGAAUCUUCCCUCCUCCUGCCUCGGCGACCUACUCUGCUCCCAUGCCUUCUCCAAGCACUACCUCCGCCGCGGGGGAGGCGGUCUGGAGGACGAAGAGUUGCUCGCCGAAGGUUCUCUGUGUGCCUCUGGAUCAGGAGGAGGACAGGGCACCUCAUCUUCAUCUUCAGCCUCUUCCUCCUCUUCAGCCAUGGGCUCUGUCUCCAAAAAACCCAAGAAGGAGCUUCCUGAUGAUUCAGGCUGUGGCAGCCCGGACACUGAGAGUGAACUCCCCGCUGAGGAUGACAUCAAAUAUCCCGACGACCUGGAGGAAAAGAUGAAAGUGUUUAAUCAACCCAGAGUCCAGGGGAAGAAGACGGCCCUGGAGAAGCUGGGCGAGGUGGUGGAUCUGAUGAGGAAAGCAGGUUCUGACCCAGCCCAGCAGCUGGCUGGAAUGAAGUUCAUCUCUAAGCUCCUGGAGGAGGAAGGAGUCCAGGAGAGGAGCACCUUGAGGACUGACUCCGCCCAGACCAUCAGAGACAGAGUGCUGAAGCUUCUGGUGGAGUUGUUGGGUGGCCAGUCUAAAGAAGUGGUGACCAGCGCCUUGCGUCUGACCCGCCUCAUCAUGCUCCGAUAUGAGUGGCGGGUCUCCUUCGCCACAGAGGGCGGAGUCAAAGCCAUCCUCUCCUGCAUGCAAGAGUUCCCCACUGUCACACAGGUUCAGCAGGUGGCACUGGCAACCCUGAAGGUCAUCACGGGAGCGAGUAAACACGACCUGCGCAGCGUGGGCAGCAGCCUCCCCCUGUCUGAGUCUGGGACACAGAUGAUGCUGGAAAUUUUUGCCAGCAUCGGCUCUGCCACACCUGAGGGCUCCAAAGGCCUUCUGGAAGCUAUCCCUGCUGCUGUGGAGCUGAUGCUAAACACUAAAGGGUGCAUGUUGUCUGUGCGGAAUGGCCUGCUGGUCAUCAUCAUGCUCAUCUCCAACCAUAAGAGCCUGGCAGAGCAGCUGGUGGCGUGUGGCGUCAUGUCUGUGCUGAAGAAGUGUCUGCCACCGUCCAGACCUGAGACCAUGCUGGCCAUCAUUGCUCUCAACCACAUCUCCAUGGUCCACAAGCUGGAGAGGAAAGAGUCGAAAGAGGAGUUAAACUUCAAGGAUACAGAGCUAAAGAUGGUGGUUGUGAGUCUGAAGGAGAUGAAUGCCACUAAGGAGGUGAUUCUGACCCUGGAGCAGCUCCUCUGGGACAGCACCUCCCAACUGGAGGAGGAACGCAACCAGGUGACCCGUAGCCGUGACACUUACCAGGACCUGGUACGCCUCAUGGACCAGCACCGGGCUGACCGGGCAGUACAGCUCUCCAUCCUCAGGAUGCUUAACAAAUUCCUAGAUAACUACCUGGAGGAUCUCCUGCCUUGGCAUGAGAGCAUUGAGCCCUGUUUGUCCUCUAUGACUGCCUUCAUAAACGACAGAGAGGUGGUUCAGCAGUUCAUCUGUUUCCUAUACCGGCUGGCUUAUCUGAAUAAAGACUAUGCAGUCGUGAUGUGUCGCCUGGGCACCAGGGAGGCACUGGUCAAAGCUCUGGACAAACACAGCACCAACCUGCUGCUGGUCACCGAGCUGCGAGACCUGGUCAGUGACUGUGAGAACUACGCCAGCCUCUACAAGAAGAUGACCACCAGCAUCCUGGCUGGAUGUAUCCAGAUGGUUCUGGGUCAAAUAGAGGAGCAUCGACGCAGCCAUCAGCCAAUCAACAUCCCCUUCUUUGACGUUUUCCUCCGAAAUCUGUGCCAAGGUUCCAGUGUGGAGCUGAAGGAGGAUAAGUGUUGGGAGAAGGUGGAAGUGUCUUCCAAUCAUCAUCGAGCAAAUAAACUGACAGACAAGAACCCCAAAACAUAUUGGGAGUCCAACGGCUGCACAGGUUCACACUUUAUCAACCUGUACAUGCAUAAGGGGGUGAUUAUUAGACAACUGGCGGUGCUGGUGGCCAGUGAAGACUCCAGUUACAUGCCUGCUCGAAUCUUGGUUUUCGGAGGAGACGAUCCCACCAACAUCAACACAGAACUGAACACGGUCAAUGUUCCUACAUCUGCCAGCCGUGUGGUUUUACUGGAAAACAUGACACGGUUCUGGUCCAUCAUCCAGAUCCGGAUCAAGAGGUGUCAGCAGGGCGGUAUUGACACACGGGUCCAUGGGUUUGAGGUUUUGGGCCCAAAGCCCACCUUCUGGCCUGUGUUUAAGGAGCAGCUAUGCUGUCGGACGUACCUAUUCUACAGCACCAAGGCCCAUACCUGGUGUCAGGAGGUCCUGGAGGAGACGAGCCAGUUGCUGCAGCUCUUCAACAAAUUGAACAGCGCCCUGAAACAUGAACAGAUGUUUGCUGAUCGCUUCCUGCCUGAUGCGGAGGCAGCGGAGGCUCUGGGUAAAACCUGCUGGGAGGCCCUUAUCACCCCAAUAGUACACAGUAUCACUCAGUCAGAACCCUCCUCGCCCAGCCCUCUCUCCUGGCUGCUUAGCGAGUACCUGGACAAUGCCGAGUCGGCCAGACGCUCCAAGAGCCGGGCAGCGAUCUUUAACUCCAGGGUACGACGCCUCACACACCUCCUGGUCCAUGUUGACACCAGCCGAAUCGACACUGAGGAGCUAAAGCCUCCUGUCAAAUCGAAAGGUAUCAACCGAAGCAGAGAUAUGAAGAAUGGCAAAGAGGGGAAAAACAAAGAUUCCACCACAUCCUCUUCUCCCUCCACAUCUUCAGCCAAGCCCAAGGUGAAGAAAACCAGCAGCAUUGCAGGAAUCGCCCUCUGUUGGCAGGGGGUGGUAGAGCUCCAGGUAAAAAAGUUUCUGGACUCCAGCUGUAGCCUCUCUGACUUUGUAGAGCGGUACCGGGCCUUAUACUUGCGAUUGAAGAACGCAAUGGAGGAAUUGUUUGGGCAGCAGAUGGCAUUCGUCCUAGCCCUGCGUCAAGGAUUCUCCUCAGCUCUGCUGCAGCUCUCCAUCCUCAGAGCCAUGCAUGUGAGCGAGCGCUUUGCUCAGUACAUAGACCGGAUGAUCCAGCAGAGCAGGGAGGCCUCUUGCAGCAUGGUGACCCCAGACCACCUGCAGCAGUUCUUGGAACCCAUGUUGUUCCUGUCUGGUCUGGAAUUAGCCAACACUUUUGAACAUUUCUACCGGUACUAUCUUGGUGACCGGUUGCUGGGUCUGGGGAGGUUGUGGUUGGAGAGGGCAGUGGUGGAGCAGAUAGGAAGCUGUUUCCCAAGCCGAUUUCCUCAGCAGAUGCUGAAGAACCUGACGGAGUCUACCGAACUCCAGCAGGAGUUCCACCUCUUUCGUCUCCAACAGCUGGACAACAGCUUGCAAGAUGACAAUGAUGACCAGCAGAUGAUGGAGGAGGAUUCUGCAGAGCCAGAAGAGGAAAGUGAGGUCCAGGUUCUGGUUCUGUCACCGCGGUGCUGGAGCAUCUCCUCCCCCUGUUACCUUGAUGACCCCACUGCACACUUCCCUUCCCAGCUCUGCAACUAUUUGACCCAGUUCACCCACUUCUACACACACAGUCAGUGUGUAUAUGGUCUUGCUCACAGUAAGCCUCGACGUCUACAGUGGACCUGGUUGGGUCAUGCUGAGCUCCAUUUUGGAUGUUGGACUUUAAACGUCUCCACUCUGCAGAUGUACAUCCUGCUCCAGUUCAACCAGCUUGAGGAGCUCAAUGUGGAGGUGAUCCAUCAGUCGACAGGUCUCUCACCGGCAGUUGUCGCUCAUGCCCUCUCUCCCCUCACUGGAGAGACAGGCCUGCUGACGACCAGCCACCCCACUGACCUCACCCAGGGAGUGGUGAUGUUGAACCAGCAGGCGGCAGUAAAGAGCGCUGAGGGCCCGAAGACCUUCUACCUGCUCCCCAGACAGACCUACCUGAACGUCAACGAGGAUGCUGCGCGCACCCUGGAGAGGAAGAGGAACUACAUCUAUUGUCUGAUCGUCCACAUCAUGAAGGAGGAGAAAGAGAUGCACAUGGACAACCUGGUCUUCAAGGUGUUGGACUCUUGUCAGAAGCAGGAUGCGUCUCGUUCGCCCUGUGCGGUGCGGUUCAGUUGCAGCACCAGCGAUGUCCUGUCAUGCAUCAUGCAUGUCAUCAGUAAGGGCUACAUUCGGCGUAAUGAGGACAGCCCGCACAUCGUGGAGUUCCUGCCUGAGGACCCGUCCACACCUCAGAAGGGCCAAGCCCAGUUCUCCUUCACCAAAGCUGAGCUGAAGAAGGGUAGCGGAGGUAGCAGCAGGGCGAGCGAGGCCGAGUUCAGUGUGGGUGGUCUGGUCCACGACCCCCAGAGGGCGGACGAUGGGGUUAUGGAGGCAGUUCUGUUCUCUAUGGGACGGACCAUGACCCAGGACGAGGUCCGACAGCUGAUGCAGCGAACGGUCCAACAGGUUUCCGGGACGCUGAGUUUGGAUCUGGACCGGGCCGAACACUUGCUGGUUCACUGUAAGUGGAAUGUGGAUGUUCUGAUCCAGCGCUAUACAGAUGACCCAGAUGGCAUCAUCAUGGCUGCCGGUCUGAAGAGCCGCAACCCCCAGCCGCCCCCGAGCCCUGCGACCACUUGCCCAGUCUGCGUCAUGUCCCCCACCGGGGAGGUCGAGUCUGCUCCCACACUCAGCUGUAUGCACUACUGCUGCAGGUCUUGUUGGCAAAAGUACCUGACUGCACGGAUUGAACAGAACCUGGUGAUGAACUGUAACUGUCCAAUCACAGACUGCCGGGCUCAGCCCACCUCCCAGUUCUUCUUCAAUAUCCUGGCUGACAAGGAUACCAUCUCCAAGUAUGAAGGCGCUCUGCUGCGUGGCUAUGUGGAGUGCUGCUCCAACCUUACCUGGUGCACAAACCCACAGGGCUGCGACCAGAUCCUCUGCAAGGAGAAUAUGGGCAGCAUGGGAACCUGCUCCAAGUGUGGCUGGUCCUCCUGCUUCAGCUGCAACUUCCCUGAGGCCCACUAUCCAGCCAGCUGUAGUCACAUGUCUCAGUGGAUGGAUGAUGGUGGUUACUAUGAAGGUAUGAGCUCAGAGGCUCAGAGCAAACAUCUGGCCAAGCUCAUCUCCAAACGCUGCCCCAGCUGCCAGGCUCAGAUUGAGAAGAAUGAAGGCUGUCUGCAUAUGACCUGUGCCAAGUGUAACCACGGUUUCUGUUGGAGGUGUCUUAAACCAUGGAAACCAACCCACAAAGACUACUACAACUGCUCAGCGAUGGUAAGUAAAGCAGCUCGUCAGGAGAAGAAGUUCCAAGACUACAAUGAGAGAUGUACCUUCUACAACCAGGCCAAGGACUUCGCCAUUAACCUCGAGAACAAAGUGUCCUCCAUCAAUGAAGCUCUUCAGAUGAAGUCUCUGACCUUCGUCAUUGAUGCCUGCAAAGUCCUCACUCAGGCCCGCAAGGUUCUGGCGUACUCCUGCGUCUAUAGCUUCUACAACCAGGAAACAGAGAAAAUGGAUGUGAUGGAGCAUCAGACAGACGCUCUGGACCUGCACACCAACGCUCUGCAGAUCCUUCUAGAGGAGACUUUGUUGCAAUGUACUGACCUGGCUUCCUGUGUGCGUUUACUUAAACCGGGGCAUCUGAACACGGGUCUGGAGCUGAUCCGCCGGAUCCAAGAGCGCCUGCUGGCCAUCCUGCAGCACUCUACUCAGGACUUCAGAGUUGGGUACCAAUCCAAAACCAGUCUGGAGGCAGAAUCUGCUCAAGCUUCAAAUCUCACCAAUCACACAGACGUUAACAAAGUGUCCAAAUCGGACCAGGUGUCUGACUCCGGAGACUCUGACAACAACAACUACACAGGAGAGGAGGGCGGGGACGAAGCUGAGGAGGAUGAUGAGUACGAUGAAGAGUAUGUACCUGAGUGGCACGAAGACUAUGACGAAGACGACAUUGACGAGGAUGACUUCUUCUCUGAUGAUGAUGAAUCAGAGAACCUCGAGAGAGACUUCAGCCCCUUUGACUGAAACUUCUCGAAGGGUGGAAUAAGAGACGAACCAGAUAUAUCAGAUGUUACAAUCAAAGUUUAAAGAUAAACAAAGUUUGGUUUAAGAUUUAAGUGGUGGGGCAGGUUUGCUCCUCUGGGCCUUCAUUAUUCACUCUGAUUAACCUUCUAUCUUUUCCCAAGGGUCAAACUCCCAGCACUCUGUCCUGGUCUCCAUAUUCAACAUGUUUGAAGCAGAUGAGAGGUUGAAUCCUGACUGUUAAAACAGGACUGAAGGAUGUUUGAUUUGUCAGAGAACAUGUGAUGGAAAUAUGUGAGAUGUUUUAGGGAACAAAGCCCUUCAGAUCUGUUUAAUGCCUCCACUGCUGCUACUUGGAUGCAUAAAGAAGGGAUUCGUAUUCCUGCCCUCUGUCUGACUUCCUGUUUUCUAAAUUUUGUUAGAUUUCUGAAUUAGAGGCUUAUAAUGUUUCCUUCAUCACAAAAGCCUUGAAUUAUUUUUUACAACAUGGAGAUUGCCUUCAUUUGAAAAUGAAAAACUUGUUGAAAUGAAACUCAUUUCGGUUCAGAUUUAGGGUUUACUUGAAAAGAUGAAAUGCAUUUUUUUCCCCAAAGAUUAGCUUUAUGGGGAAUUUGAAAGAGCUAAUUUCUGAUGUGUAAUAAUAAAUGAAACAAUCUGAUUGGGUCCUUUCCGGCAGUAACAUGGUAAAAAAAAAAAACUGGUUAACCUGAGACAUAAUGUCAACUUCUAAAAUAUUGCAAUAAUAGCUUCAAACUAUAGCAGCUCACUGUUGCAUUAUUUGCAAAGCAAAAACAUGUUACAUACUAAGUUGUUUUUUUUUUUCCCAAAAUGACGUUCUGAUUUUUUUUUAACUCGAAGAUGGUCUGUACAGGGGUUGAGGGAUAUUAAUAUUCCAACAUCCCAUUUUGCUGUAAUUUGAGAGAUCCUAUAUUCAUAUCAUUGAUGUUCUAAAAUGUUCUAUCUUUCUGAUUUUUUUGUUGAAGUUGUGCGACUUCAGCUGGCAAACUAAAUAAAAGCUUUUUUU